UACUUUUACAGCUUACGUGUUUUUAAACCAGGGAGCAGCACUAACUAAUGUUGCUUAUGUCGUUAUGUCAAAUAAGUAAUAACAUGCCGGUUUAAAGUUAACCUAAACAUCUAAAAUGUUAUUUUAUUCGUUUUUCAAGUCGUUAGUUGGGAAAGAUGUUGUAGUUGAAUUGAAAAAUGAUUUAAGUAUUUGUGGGACUUUACAUUCCGUUGAUCAAUAUUUAAACAUCAAGUUGACGGACAUCAGUGUUACAGAUCCUGAUAAAUAUCCUCAUAUGUUGUCUGUGAAGAAUUCUUUUAUUCGUGGAUCGGUUGUCCGAUACGUUCAGUUGCCUGGUGAUGAGGUUGAUACUCAGCUAUUACAGGAUGCCGCUAGGAAAGAAGCUACGGUGGCAACUAGAUAAAUUACCUUUGGAAUUAAGUGCUUAUUGGAAUUAUAUGCUGAAUUAAAGUUUUUAUUGUAAUCUAUUUGUACCGAAUGAA